CAGAGUUCUUCCUGAGACGCCGCUAUGGUCCAAGAUAGACCACGUUGCGCUGCCACCGGAUGAUUCUGCUGACAUGGCGCGCGCGCAUGAUAAUAACAGCGGCGAAGUCCCGGUGGGAACAUGGGUUUGUUGGUCACGAUUCAUCCCACACGCUCCAGUCUCGCCUUCUUGCCGCUCCGGAGAGCUAGCCACCCUGCCAAAACACCACUGACCUUCCUCUGCGCACUCUCUUCCUUUCUUCCACGAUGAAGCAAGUUGACGAAUCUCUCUUGUCUGGAUCCGGCCACAUCAUGUCCACCACCACCACAACCCAGAUAUCUCACGAGAAGCCAAACAUCGGUGUCUACACAAAUCCUGCGCACGAUCUGUGGAUAGCAGAUGCGUUGCCUAGCAAAGACGAUGUCGAGAACGGCGAGAAUUUGAAGCCUGGUGAAGUUACGGUGGCCAUCAAGAGUACUGGAAUUUGUGGGUCCGAUGUGCAUUUCUGGCACGCUGGCUGCAUUGGGCCUAUGAUUGUCGACGGCGACCAUAUUCUUGGCCACGAGUCUGCAGGAGUCGUUGUUGCAAAGCACCCGUCCGUAACCACUCACUCGAUCGGCGACCGCGUGGCAGUUGAACCGAAUAUCAUCUGCGGAGAAUGCGAACCCUGCUUGACUGGCAAGUACAAUGGAUGUGUGAGCGUCGAAUUCCGAAGCACGCCACCAAUCCCAGGCUUGCUGCGACGAUAUGUGAACCACCCGGCCGUGUGGUGCCACAAAAUCGGCGACAUGUCCUACGAAGAUGGUGCACUGCUUGAGCCUCUGUCGGUAGCCUUGGCGGGUAUGCAAAGAGCAAAUAUCACAAUUGGAGACUCGGUCUUGGUCUGUGGCGCAGGUCCUAUUGGUUUGGUGACACUGGCAUGUGUCAAGGCUGCGGGCGCAGAGCCUAUCGUGAUUACGGAUAUCGAUGAGGGACGACUCAAGUUUGCCAAAGAAUUUUGCCCAUCGGUACGAACGCACAAGGUGGACUUCAGUCACACUCCAGAGCAAUUUGCGGAAGCGGUUGUCAAGCUUGCAGAUGGCGUCGAGCCGGCAGUCGUGAUGGAGUGUACUGGUGUGGAAAGCUCAAUCAGCGGUGCGAUUCACGCAGCGAAAUUCGGCGGCAAAGUCUUCGUCAUUGGCGUCGGUCGUCCAGAGAUCAAGAUCCCAUUCAUGCGCCUGAGUACACGAGAAGUCGACCUUCAGUUUCAGUACAGAUAUGCAAACACCUGGCCUCGGGCGAUCAGGUUAUUGAAGGGAGGGGUGAUCGACUUGCAAAAGCUCGUAACGCAUCGCUUCAAGCUCGAAGACGCGAUCGAUGCAUUCAAGGUCGCCGCAGACCCUAAGCAAGGAGGGAUCAAGGUGAUGAUCCAAAGCAUGGAGGAGGGUGAGCACUAGAUUGAGGCUAAGUUCGUGAUGAUAACCCUGAAGACGUUGCCGGAGUUGGCCGGUAUUAUCAGCAAUUGGGCGAGGAUUUUAUUGCCUGUGAGGGAGCCGUCUCCGGACCCAAGCAGUUGGGACUUGGGAGAACGACUCAACAUUGCGAUCGACUGAUCAACAGUCCGUGUGUUGACCUACGGGCGUACCUGCUUUUUUAUCUUGCAGCUGUCCCCGGCACGGUCCUGCCUUGGCAGUCAGCUUAGUCAUAGACUCUUUCUUCCGCUCCUGACGACCUUUCCCAUCAAGCAAAUCUGUCCGUCCUCUC